AAGAUGCCCCGGGAGAUCAUCACGCUCCAGGUCGGCCAGUGCGGCAACCAGAUCGGGUCCGAGUUCUGGAAGCAGCUCUGCGUGGAGCAUGGCAUCAGCCAAGAUGGCAUCGUCCAGGACUACGCGACGGCCGGCAAUGACCGUAAGGACGUCUUCUUCUACCAGGCCGACGACGAGCACUACAUCCCGCGGGCGCUCUUGCUGGACCUCGAGCCGCGCGUGAUCAACUCGAUCAUGAACUCGAGCUACCGCAAUCUGUACAACCCCGAGAACCAGUUCAUCGCCAAGGACGGCGGCGGCGCCGGUAACAACUGGGCGUCGGGCUACCACCAAGGCGAGGCCCACCACGACUUGCUCAUGGAGAUGAUUGACCGCGAGGCCGAUGGCUCGGAUAGCCUCGAGGGCUUUGUGCUCUGCCACUCGAUUGCGGGUGGCACGGGCUCGGGCAUGGGCUCGUACUUGCUCGAGAACCUCAACGACCAUUUCCCAAAGAAGCUCAUCCAGACAUACUCGGUCUUUCCCAACCAAGACGACUUUCAGAGUGACGUCGUCGUGCAGCCGUACAACUCGCUCUUGACGUUGAAGCGUCUCGUCCUGAACGCAGACUGCGUCGUCGUCCUCGACAACACAGCGCUCAACCGCAUCGCGGUGGACCGUCUGCGUAUCGACAACCCCACCGUGUCCCAGCUCAACUCGCUCGUCUCGACCGUCAUGGCCGCGUCGACCACGACGCUGCGCUACCCGGGGUACAUGAACAACGAUCUUAUCGGUCUCGUUGCGUCGCUCAUCCCGACGCCCCGCUGCCACUUUCUCAUGACGGGGUACACGCCGCUGACCAUUGACGCCCAAGUCAGCGCCGUGCGCAAGACGACGGUGCUCGAUGUCAUGCGACGCCUUCUCCAGCCAAAAAACAUCAUGGUCUCGACGUCCACCAAGAACGGAUGCUACAUUUCCAUCUUGAACAUCAUCCAAGGCGACGUCGACCCGACGCAGGUACACAAGUCGCUCCAGCGCAUCCGUGAGCGCAAGCUCGCCAAGUUUAUCCCGUGGGGACCGGCCAGCAUCCAAGUUGCGCUCUCGCGCAAGUCGCCGUACGUCGAGUCGGCGCACAAAGUGAACGGCCUCAUGCUCGCCAACCACACGAGCAUUGGCAACCUCUUCCACCGGUCCGUCGUGCACUACGACCGCCUCCGGAAGCACAACGCGUUCAUUGACCAGUACCGCAAGCAGCCCAUGUUCGCCGAGGGCCUCGAGGAGUUUGACAACGCGCGCGAGGUGGUCACCAACAUGAUUGACGAGUACAAGGCCAGCGAGCGCGCCGACUAUGCGUCGUGGGGCCAAGCCACGCCGUAGCCUAGCCCUAUCUAUAUAACGUCACUGGCGCUGUCCCGUUGCAACGAUCG